AUGGCUGCCAAAACAGGAGUGGCUACACAGCUACAGACAGCGAAGGAUCUUGUCAUUUUGUUAGCGUUUGGGCGCUUUAUCAGCCGCUUGCACUCUUCAUCCUCCGUUGGGGAUAAGACGCCCAAAGCCAUCAUCUCGGUCGUGGAAGACAAAGGCGUGGUUCUGUCGGCGGCAAAACUAGAGAUGGCGGGAGUCCACGACUUGAGGAGGAAGAAACUGGACAGCGAAACCACCGCCGCCACCGCCGCUCAGAGAGAGGAGGACAAGCGGGAACGACGGGAAGUGCGCGUAUUCGUGACCUUGACCUACAUCAUCGUCGGCUACCUCAUCUGCUGGGUGCCGUUCCACAUCGUCUUCGACGUCACGGCGUACGACGAGAAGCUGGUGCCGGAAGCUGUGUACGACGUCACGUUCUGGAUGACGUACGUCAACUCGACCAUUAACCCUUUCCUGUACAACUUCAGCAGCCCAGAGUUCAGAAACGCGUUCCGGCGUAUGGUGCACAGGAAGGCCCGACGCACCGGGGUCAGAGUGAGCACGCUGAACCAGCACACUCCAAGUGUUUGA